CCAAAGCCCGACAGAGCACCAUUCCUCGACAAUAAAAAAGUAAUUUUUAAAAAAUAAGAGUUUCUUUAGCAUUUCCGAACGCAUUUCAAGGAUAACUCAUAGACAAGGAUUAUAAGAUGUCAUCGCCCAUGACAUAUACGUCAUGCGGCCAUUUUUAAUAAAAUGGUGUAGAGCGAUACAUCGACUGGCGGAGUGGCCUAAUAAAAUCCGGUUUUAUUAGCAAAAUCGCUAAGGAGGAAUGGCACCCAAAAAAUCUUAUACGCCGUUACAAAUGGCGCAGGCUAUUACAGCCGUCCGUGAAGGUGAAAAAAUUUCAACGGCAGCGAAAAAGUUUGGUGUUCCCAGGAUCACCUUACAUGAUAAAAUUUCCGGUAAAACUCCAAUUGAAUGUUCUAUGGGCCCUAGUACAUAUUUGUCAACAGAAGAGGAAGCUAUUUUAGAAAAAUGGAUACUGGACAUGGCUGAACGACACAUUCCUAUUACUAGAGAUGAGUUGCUUGAUAGCGUGCAACGUAUCAUCGUUGACCAAAAAAAGACUACUCCCUUUACCGACAAUAGACCCGGUAAGAAAUGGUACAAUCUAUUUCUUAAGAGACAUCCUUCAUUGUCUGAGAGAACGGCCCAAAAUUUGACCACAGCACGAGAUGCCGUUACAGAAGAAGGUAUAAAACGUUGGUUUGGGGAAGUGAGCUCUUAUCUUCAGGAAAACAACCUUAGAGAGAUAUUAGAAGAUCCGUCGCGAAUUUUUAACGGAGACGAAAGUGCUUUUUAUUUAUCACCCAAAGCCGGAAAAGUUUUAGCAAAAAAAGGUGAUAAGCACGUCUACCAAUCUUCUGGAGAUGAAAAAGAUAACUUGACGGUACUAAUUACCGGAAAUGCCGCUGGACAAUUAGCACCUCCAAUGGUAGUUUUUUCUUAUGAAAGAAUUCCAUCCACAAUUUCAUCCAAAUUUCCAGAAGAUUGGGCUAUGGGACGAUCUCCGAGUGGCUGGAUGUGUAGUAGUACAUUUUUUGAAUACAUUGCCAACAUUUUUAAUCCAUGGUUAUUACAGCAAAAUAUACCAAAACCCGUCUUGUUUUUUUUGGAUGGCCAUAGAUCUCACUUGACAUUACACCUAUCGAACUUUUGUGCUCAAAAUGGCAUAGAAAUCGUGGCAUUAUAUCCAAAUAGCACACAUAUCCUUCAGCCAAUGGACCUAGCUAUUUUCAGGCCAUUGAAAAUAUAUUGGAAUAAAGCUGUCAAGGAUUGGAAAUUAAAACAUUUAGGAAUGAAUUUAAAAAGAGAAGAUUUUGCCCCUGUUCUUAAGACAGCGUUGGAAUCAAUAACAGAGAGUUCUGUUAAAAAUGGAUUCCGCGCUGGUGGAUUGUAUCCCUUUGGCCCUGACUACGUCGAUCUCUCCAAAAUAAAGUCUCGCAACAAGAAGGAGGCUUCGUCAGAACAAAUAUUGUUUUUUGAUUAUCUAGAAAAAGAAAUAGUGGCGAAGCUACAGAAGGAAAAGUUGCAGAUAUUUAAUGACCUUUACUAUAAAGACAGACAAAAUUUAAACAUUCACUUAAAUGAAGAAGACCUAUCGCUCUACAUAAUAUGGGCUAGUAAUAAGCAAGCUAUUGAACUUUCAGGUCACGUUAAUGAGCAAUCUACUUCACCCCAGACCCUCGUUGAAAUACCAAAUCCUAAUGAAAUCAAUCCUGCAGAAUCUCUUUCUGCUACAAAUGCAGAUACAGAUGUACAAUAUCAAUUUGACAUACAACUAGAUCAUGACUAUUUACCACAUAUUACUCUAUCUAAUGCAGGAUAUGACGCAACCACAUCCACUUGCACCCCAAAUGACGCUCCAAAAUCUAGAGAAAUACUGGAUAAUUCAUUGACUGUCGCUAGCCCAAGUUCUAACUUAAAUGAUCCUAUUCCAACAACUUCAACUUCCUGUUCUUAUACGUUUAUGUUUGAUAUUGCCACAAAAAUAACACCUUCAAAAGAAUUGACAAGACCUGGGAAUUCUCAAAUCGGCCAAAGUUCUGCAGAAAAGACACCCGUGAAAGAGCUGACAAGACCUGAGACAUCAAAAAUUAACCAAAGUUCCAUAAAAAAGACACCUUUGAAAGAGCUGGCAAUACCUGGGACAACAAAAUUUAUUCAAAAGAAAGGAGAAAGUACAUAUAUUAUUCCAUCACCAUUUAAGCGAAAUUUAUUUUGGCCAGGAGAAGAUGAAAACAAAGGAAAAAAAAGAAAACUGAAGGAAAAAAUUCCUUUUGUUAUAACAAGUAAACCAUGGAGGGAAUAUAAUGAAAGGAAAGACAUUGAAAAAAAGGAAAAGAGAAACAAAAAGAAAUUAAAGCCAAAGAAAGAGAAGAAAGAAGACUAUUAAAACUGAGAGAGACGGAAGAAAAAAAGAAACGACAGAUGGAGAAAGAAAUUAAAACCAAGGAAGGGAAAAAGAUAAAAAAAUCUAAACCAGAUGACACAUCUUCAGAUAAUACGGACAUUGAAGUGCAUUAUGCAGAAAGUGAAGACAGCUUAGAUAUGCAAAUAGAUGCAGAAAAAACAGAACAUGAAAAAUCUGAGAGCUCGACUCAAUCCGAAGAUGUGCCACUGAUCAGAUUUUCUAAGAAAUCUAGAAAAUAUUCCAUUGGAAACUAUGUCAUAAUAAGGUAUGAAGGGGAAUACUUCCCAGGCGUAAUAGAAGGUAUUCGUGGAAAUAGAUUUGAAAUUAGUACAAUGACCUUUUCAGUGGGAAACACAUACAAGUGGCCGGAAAAAAAAGAUAAAAUCUUUUAUGAAAAGUCUGACAUCAUUGAGGCAAUAUCCCCACCAGUGCUGUGCAAUAAAAGGGGUUUCUAUACGAUACCCGAAAUGAAAAAAUAUCUACCUUUUGCUAUUUAACUUUUAUUAUAUUUAAAGAGGAAUAAGACUUUUUGAAUAUUUUGUUUUUAAGAUUUUUAAAGAAUUUCAAGCCAUCAAGAACUUAGUUUUAUAAGGCUACUUAAAUAAGUACUAAUAUAACAAUUUGUGAUUUAAUUUAGAUAUAAGUUUUGCUUUAAUUGCUAUUGGCAAGAUCUCUUAAUAUAGACUGAUUAUUAUUAAGAAGGUACUUACUUAGUAAGUUAUAGCAAGUCUGUGAUUAAAAGUUGCCAUUGUUUUUAAGGAAAAGUUAAACUGUUGUUACUAAUUGUCAAAUAAUAUUAAGAAGAACUUUAUGUUUUAUUUACGAAUGUUUAACAUUUGAGGCGAUGAUACCUAAUACUUCUAAUAGUAAAAAUUGUCAGCUAAGCUGAAAUUAUGUUAAAUAAUUAUAAAUUGUACUAAACAUAUCAUUAUGUUUUCACAAUUAUUAAAUGACUGAUUUUUUAAAACUUAAUUUUAAUUUCUACAUCAUAUAAUUUCCUAAUAUUAUUCUUACAUUUUUAAAGCUAGAAAAAAGGCUUUACAGAUAUUUUUGGCUAUGCGUAUUAGAAAUAGGUUGAUUAUUGGGUGACGAUAACUGGAAUAUGUCGAACAGUGGGUGUAGAUAAAUGGAACUCUACAGUCGAUUAUUGGAAAAACGACAGCUUUUUUUUUUAUUUGAUAUAUUUCUUUAUUAUGUAACUUGACGCUUAUUUUUACUUUAUAAUAUUAUAAAAUACACCCUGACGUUUUACUCAAUACCUCAAAGUACCACAGAAUGUCACAAAAACCAAAGUAAUGGUAGAUAUUGUUAGUGAGCGUCGCUAAAGUGUCGAUAAUUGGGUGUUUUA